AUCUGUUCAUCGUCUCUCUCUAAAUUUAAAAUGUCGAUGACGCCAAUGGCUACUAAAACUGCACUCCCGAACCAUUCGGCAUGACGGUCAAACUCAAAGUCAAAGGCAAACUUAAAGUACUCUGGGUAUCCAACGGUGAGAAUGCAGAGAAAGAAGACGACGACGACGACGAGGAUAUACCGUCUGAUUGAAAACGAAGACGAUACCGGAUUCAUUGCCGGUUUUAUUUCGGGUUAUCCUCUCUCUGCUUCUCUACUCGGCAAACCCGACUUUGACCUCCUGACGCCACCGGAAAUGGCUGCUACGGCUAGGACGGUUUGUGCGCCGGCUCCGCUCAUACCCAUCAUAGCUGAUGCUGACACUAGUGGUGGCUAUGCUCUCAAUGUUCAGAGGACUGUCAAAGACUUGAUUGCAGCUGGUGCAGCUGGAUGCUUUCUAGAGGAUCAAGCAUGGCCAAAGAAGUGUGGGCAUGUGCGUGGCAAACAGGUUAUACCUGCAGAAGAGCAUGCUGCCAAAAUAGCAUCUGCCAGAGAUGCUGCUGGGGAUUCUGAUUUCUUCCUUGUGGCUAGGACUGAUGCACGUGCAUCAGCAAAACCUGGUCACUCAGAUGCCAUUUCAAGGGCUAAUCUAUACAUGGAGGGAAGGGGCAGUGCAGAUCUAGUGAUGGUUAAUGUGGCUGCACUCCUGUGCUUAAUGGUUCUCACUGGGCACGUUCACGCAGCAACUUACAUAGUCGGCGGCUCUGGUGGUUGGACCCUUAAUAUGGAUAGUUGGCCGAAAGGCAAGCGCUUUAAAGCUGGUGACACCCUAGUAUUCACUUAUGAUCCAACGAUCCACAAUGUGGUGGCCGUGAACAGAGGAGGGUACAGCAGUUGCAUCACUCCAGCGGGUGCAAAAGUUUAUAAAUCAGGAAAAGAUCUGAUAAAAUUAUCAAAGGGACAAAACUUAUUCAUUUGCAAUGUUGCAGGACACUGUGAAUCUGGGAUGAAGAUUGCUGUUAAUGCUGCUUGAACCUUUGGCUUAAGGUUAUCUUUCUUGUAAUAUAUACCUGUAUUAGUAGAUUGUGCCACGUGUUCAUGUGAGGCUAGCGUUUUCUAGAGUGAUGAUGGGACUGGAAAUAAAACCUUGAUGUUUGUUGUCCUGGAAAAAUCUCGAGUGCUGUCAAACCUUGUUCAAGGUGGAGUCGCCAUCACCAAUGUUCAAGAUUUAAACACAAUUUAUUUGGACUA